AGUUUAAAUUCCGCUCCCUCCACGAGAAAGAGUUGUAGUGAGUGAAAAUAAACAUUAAAACACACGCAAACGUAUUUUCCUGGCUGCAGCACCUGCCGUCUUGCCUCGGUAGGAGUCAUUUUCAAAAACAGCAGCUUCUUGAGGCCCAGAACGCAUUCCUGUGCUACGGAAGGCGGAAGAGUAGCUCUCGGGGUCAGAAGGCGAAGGAGUGAUAUGAGGAUUCUUGCUUUUCUGGAAGCUAGCACAUAGUCAGUGCCAAAGUAGUGACAGAAGAAAUCUUGGGAGGAAGCAUUUUUGCCUUGUACUUGAAACAGCUGCUCAGCCACCAUGGCUCCUGUGAAGAUCAGCCAUGUGGUAUCAUUUUCUUCUCAGGAUCCCAGGUAUCCUGUACAGAACUUGCUAAACCCAGAUAAUCCAAGGAGACCUUGGCUCAGCUGCCCUCAGGACAAGAGUGGGCAACUGAAAGUAGAAUUACAGCUGGAGAGGGCAGUGCCCAUUGGCUACAUUGAUGUGGGUAACUGUGGCUGUGCAUUCCUGCAAAUUGAUGUGGGCCGUUCUUCCUGGCCCGUGGACAGAGCUUUCGUCACCCUGCUCCCUGCAACCAUGCUAAUGUCUCUAACUGAUUCAAAGCAGGGGAAGAACCACUCCGGGGUCCGCAUGUUUAAAGAUGUUGAUUUCCUGGCUCCAGCCUCAGGAGAGUUAUGGGAUCGACUUCGCCUGACCUGCUCCCAACCCUUCACGCGUCAUCAGUCCUUUGGCCUGGCCUUUCUACGGGUGCGUUCUUCUCUGGACUCCUUAGAUGACUCUGCGGUGGGUCCCUCAGCCCUUGUGAGCUCUGUGCUGAACAAGGGUUCUGAUGCUCAGGAGUCUGGUCCUAGCCCCUGGCUAGCUAAUCCUUCCAUCCGGAGGACGUUCUUCCCACAUCCCCAUACGGAUACCAAGGAAAUUUCAGAGCUCAGGAAUAUCCUAACACAGAUGCAGCCAGGGACUCUGGGGCGUUCAGCCCACAUGGUGCUUUCUGCUGCCCGCAGGGUGCCUCCAGUCAGUGUGGCAAGCCCAAAGAACAACCAUGCAGAACCAGGUUCCAGUCCUCCAGACAGGGCAGAGCCCGGAGCAGAGGAGCAAAACUCUGAGAAUGAUGUGGGCAGAAUGAAAAGAAGGAAAGUGCAGCACCAAAGGCCUUUAUCCAACUCUAAUUCUCGGCCAAACAGGAGGGAGACAGCAAGAGCAAGGCAAAAAAAACAGGCCCAAAGGAGUGGUGACCAGGAUAGUGGACUGUGCCCAAUUUGUGCAGGCUCCUUCAGGAUUGAGAUUCUUCCCCAGCAUGCUGCCACUUGUGGAGAGACCUCCCCACCUCACCCGGCUUCUCCCUCCUCAUCAUCUUCGUCCCAGUCUGUACUAAGAUUUCACUCUGUGGUACUAACACCGGUUCCCCUGGUCCCCAGGCCUCUCCACUCCUUCAUCCACCAACAGCCUAACUGGACUGAGAUCAUGAACAGGAAGCUCAGGUUCCCACCUCCACUCCUGGCUGCCAUCCAGGAGGGCCAGCUGGGCCUUGUGCAGCAGCUGCUGGAGUCAGAGGUUAAGGCCACAAGCAGUGGGCCAAGUAGGCCCCUGCACAAUGUGGAAGAGGCCGAGGAGCGCUCCUGGAAGGAAGCACUCAACCUGGACAUCCACCUGGGCCAUGAGGCCAUCACCGAUGUGCUGUUGGCCGGUGUCAAAUUUGAUUUCCGCCAGAUCCAUGAGGCCCUGCUAGUGGCAGUGGACACAAACCAGCCAGCAGUGGUGUAUCGCCUGCUGGCCCACCUGGAACAGGAGAAGGGUCACAAAGUAGACACCAGGUCUUUCUCACUGGCUUUCUUUGACUCAUUAAUUGAUGGCUCCCGCUUUGCACCUGGUGUGACUCCCCUCACCCUGGCCUGCCAGAAGGACCUGUACGAGAUAGCACAGCUGCUUAUGGACCAGGGCCACACCAUUGCCUGGCCCCACCUGGUCUCCUGUGCCUGCCUCGAGUGCAGCAACCCCCGCCGCUAUGACCUGCUUAAAUUCUCUCUGUCCCGCAUCAACACCUACCGUGGCAUUGCCAGCAAGGCCCACCUCUCACUGGCCAGUGAGGAUGCCAUGCUGGCUGCCUUCCGGCUUAGCCGUGAGCUCAGGCGCCUUGCACACAAGGAGCCUGAAUUUAAGCCUGAGUACAUUCCCCUGGAGUCACUGAGCCAGGACUAUGGCUUUGAGCUGCUGGGCAUGUGCCAGAACCAGAGCGAGGUCACUGCAGUGUUCAACGACCUGGCCGAGGACAGCGAGACUGAGCCCGAGGCUGAGGGCCUGGGCCUAGCCUUUGAGGGGAGCAUCCCCAACCUGGCGAGGCUGCAACUGGCCGUCAACUACAACCAGAAGCGGUUUGUAGCACACCCCAUCUGCCAGCAAGUCCUGUCCUCCAUCUGGUGUGGGAACCUGGCUGGCUGGCGUGGAAACACCACCAUCUGGAAGCUCUUUGUUUCCUUCCUCAUCUUCCUCACCAUGCCCUUCCUUUGCCUUGGCUGCUGGCUGGCACCAAAGUCCCGGCUGGGCCGCCUGCUAAAGAUCCCAGUACUGAAGUUCCUGCUGCACUCCGCCUCCUGUCUGUGGUUCCUCAUCUUCCUGCUGGGAGAGUCCCUGGUCGUGGAGACACAGCUGAGCACCUUCUGUGGCCGCAGCCAGAGUGUCUGGGAGACUUCACUACACAUGAUUUGGGUCACAGGCUUCCUGAGGUUUGAGUGCAAGGAAGUGUGGAUUGAGGGCCUGCGCAGUUACCUCCUGGACUGGUGAAACUUCCUGGAUAUGGUCAUCCUGUCCCUGUACCUGGCAGCCUUCACACUGCGCCUCCUCCUGCCUGGGCUUGCCCACAUGCACUGCCAGGACGCCUCCCAAGCAACUGCCUGCUACCAUUUCACCACGGCUGAACGAAGCAAGUGGCACACUGAGGAUCCUCAGUUCUUGGCUGAGGUGCUCUUCGCUGUCACCAGCAUGCUCAGCUUUACCCACCUAGCCUACAUUCUGCCGGCCCAUGAGUCGCUGGGCACUCUGCAGAUUUCCAUCGGCAAGAUGAUCGAUGACAUGAUCUGGUUUAUGUUCAUCCUCAUGAUCAUCCUGACCGCCUUCCUCUGUGGCCUCAACAACAUCUACAUGCCCUACCAGGAGAUGGAGCAGCUGGGCAAUUUCAAUGAGACGUUCCAGUUUCUGUUCUGGACCAUGUUCGGCAUGGAAGAGCACAGCGUGGUAGAGUUUCUGGUGCCUGAGUUUGUGGGCCGGGCCCUCUAUGGCAUCUUUACCAUCGUCAUGGUCAUUGUGCUGCUCAACAUGCUCAUUGCUAUGAUCAUCAACUCCUUCCAGAAGACUGAGGAUGAUGCUGACGUGGAGUGGAAGUUUGCUCGCUCCAAGAUCUAUCUGUCCUGCUUCCGAGAGGGCCUGACACUGCCUGUGCCCUUCAACAGCCUGCCCUCCCCGAAGGCUGUCUUCUACCUUCUCAGGAUAAUUUGCCAGUUCAUUUGCUGUUGCUGUUCCUGCUGCAAAACCAAGAAGCCAGACUAUCCCCUCAUCCCUACUUUUGCCAAUCCUGGGGCAGGGGCUGUGCCUGGGAAGGAACAGCAUGGAUCCUACUGCCUUCGCAUCAUCAAGGCCCUGGUACAGCGCUACAUAGAGACCACCCGGCGUGAAUUCGAGGAGACCCAGCAGAAAGACCUGGGCAACAGACUCACAGAGCUGACCAAGACGAUAUCUCGACUGCAAAGCGAAGUAGCCUGUGUGCAGUGAACUCUGGUGGAGGGAGGCACACCCCGGCCUCCUGACAGUGCCAGCAUCCUCAGUCACUGCAUCACCUGAGUGCACAACAGCUUCCAGAACCUGGGGCCUCCCAUCCCUGAGACCCUAGAGCUGACAGGGCCUGGGAUUGUGGGGACCCAGGAGUCAUCAGGAACCGGGCUUCAGGACAGUGGAGGGGUGAGGACUCUGGCUUCUGGAGAGUCUGGCCCCCGCUCCCCAGCUCAUGUGCUAGUGCAUAGGGAGCAGGAAGCAGAGGGGGCUGGGGACCUGCCCCAGGGGGAGGAUUCGGGGACUGAGGGGAGGUCCUGA